AAGAUCAAUGUUCAAUCCGAGGUCCCCUUAAGUGGCCUGGGAGCUUCAUCCUUUAGUUUUUGACAUCACUCAAGGUCUUGUUGCCUUCUGCCAUAUGGCUCUUUCCCAAAACCGAGUUUUGUGUUUAACUUCCCGACCUUGAGACAUUUGGGAAAGUAAAGGGCAGGACAGGUGUAUAUAAAGAGUUACAGGGUGAACUUUCUCUCAUAUUCUGAGGAAAGUCACCAUGAAGGCCCUGAUAUUCCUGGCUUUGCUUGGAGCAGCAUUUGCUGCAGCUGAGGAUGAUAAGAUUGUCGGUGGGUAUGAGUGUCCUGGACACUCUGUUCCCUACCAGGUGUCUCUGAAUGCUGGAUACCACUUCUGCGGUGGAUCCCUCAUCUCCAGCCAGUGGGUGGUGUCUGCUGCUCACUGCUACAAGUCUCGUAUCCAGGUCCGUCUUGGCGAGCACAACAUUGCUGUGAAUGAGGGCACCGAGCAGUGGAUUGAUGGUGCCAAGAUGAUCAAGCACCCACAGUACAACAGCUACAACCUGGACAACGACAUCAUGCUGAUCAAACUGAGCCGCCCCGCCAGCCUCAACAGCAAUGUCCAGACCGUGGCCCUGCCCUCUCGCUGCCCCGAGGCCGACGAGAACUGCCUGGUGUCUGGUUGGGGCAACACCUCCGCCAACGGAAACAACUUUCCUGACAGGCUGCAGUGUCUGCGGCAGCCCAUCAUCGAUGACAGGAUCUGCAGGAACGCCUACCCCCACCUCUUCACCGAGAACAUGGUUUGCUCCGGAUUCAUGCAAGGCGGUGCCAGCAGCUGCCAAGGAGACUCUGGUGGUCCUCUGGUGUGUAAUGGUCAGCUGCAAGGAGUGGUGUCCUGGGGUUAUGACUGUGCCAUGCAAGGACACCCCAGCGUCUACGCCCGUGUGUGCCGUUACAACAGCUGGAUCAGCACCACCAUGCGCAACAACUAAACACACAGUCACCCAUCCACAUGCAAGUUGACAUUACAACACCAUACUCAGUGUUCAUACCUUUGUUUAGAACACCCAAUGUAUUAUUGUAUCAUCCAAAUACAUCUCAUGUAUAAUAUCAAUCUCAAUGUUAAGGCAUAAUAUUCAGAGGAAUUGGACAAAUGAAUAAAAAAUUAACAUUAUCA